AGUUCCAGAUGUCGUCGGUGCCAUCUCCAUGGCCGUCGAGAGGCUCAUCAAGCAUGGGGCGACGAGUUUAGUCGUGCCUGGGGUGAUCCCGUUGGGAUGCGUCCCAAGAUCCUCACCGACGACUAUUGCCUCAAAGAGUACAACAAGCUAGCAAUGCACCACAACUUACUGCUGCAGGAGGCCCUGGACACGCUCCGGGUCAGGCAUCCCGACACCACCAUCGUCUAUGCCGACCAAUUCGGCCCCGUCAUGGACAUGAUGGAUUCGCCUGCCAAGUUUGGUCUUGAAGAGGAUGCUCUUCUUACCUCGUGUUGUGGAGGGCCCAACACGCUUCUUUGUGGUGAAGACGGUGGAAACCUACGCGAGAACCCUUUGGCUCGCCUUUUCUGGGAUGUCGCCCACCCCACAGAGGUAGCUUACCACCACAUGUGUUAGACUAUG